AUGUCUAAGCCAAGGUUGGAGGGUAAGGUGGCACUUAUCACUGGUUCAGCUAGUGGGAUCGGUGAGGAGGCAGUUAGAUUAUUUGCCGAGAAUGGAGCUUUUGUUGUAGCUGCUGAUGUCCAAGAUGAACUUGGGCAGCAAGUUGUUGCAUCUAUAGGCACAGAGAAAGUUUGUUAUCACCACUGCGAUGUAAGAGAUGAGAAACAGGUUGAGGAAACAGUGAGUUACAGCUUGGAGAAAUUUGGAAGGAUAGAUGUAUUGUUCAGCAAUGCUGGAGUCAUAGGCCCAGUCAGUGGCAUCCUUGAAUUUGACCUUACUGGAUUUGACAACACCAUGGCUACCAAUGUUAGAGGAGUAGCUGCGACAAUUAAACACGCAGCUCGUGCUAUGGUGGACAGAAAUAUUCGAGGAUCAAUCAUAUGCACAACCAGUGUUGCAUCUUUACUGGGAGGAACAGCCCCACAUGCUUAUACCAUAUCUAAACAUGCUCUAGUUGGUUUAGUCAGAACAGCUUGCAGUGAGCUAGGCGCUUAUGGGAUCAGAGUUAAUUGCAUCUCCCCUUUUGGAGUUGCCACACCUCUGGCAUGUACAGCUUAUAAUUUGAGACCUGAUGAAGUUGAAGCUACUAGCUGUUCUACUGCCAACUUGAAGGGCAUUGUUUUAAAGGCUAAGCAUAUUGCAGAGGCUGCAUUAUUUCUAGCUUCUGAUGAAUCUGCCUACAUAAGUGGCCACAACUUGGCUGUUGAUGGAGGCUUCACAGCCGUGAAGCACAUUUUUUCAGCCUAAGUGUGGUGGUGGCUUUUCACAAUGAAAGAGCCAAUAAUAAGGCAAUAUUUUAUGUACGGUUGACAUUAGGUUAUUGCUUCCAUGUACAAGUAUUUUU